AAGGGGUUUAAAGAGGGGGAGUGCGCGGCGUACAGGAUAGGGCAGUGUGACGUUUGUAGCUGUGCGACCCCAGGGGUGAAGAGUGAGGACUGCUGGAGAGUGACAGAGUGAAAUAGAUCUCAAUCAUGACUGACAUGGCGGACAACCACAAGGAGGCCUGGGAAGCCUUGAUCAAUGCCGCGGACAAAUACCGCACACAGACUGGAAACGACAUUGUGCUAAUAACUGCUUAUAAAACAAAGUUUGUGCCCCCUUAUGGCUAUCAUGUUCACGGCAAUGGGGUGCUCCUAGAGGCCACUCAGCGGUACGUUGAUGACAUUGCUGUAGUACAUAAAACCACUGCUUUUACCAGCCCACUACCCAUCACAAAGACCAGCACAGAGGCCACUAGUGGCAGACAGAACUCUUACUCUAAGAGCUACCCUUCUAUCUAUGGCAAGGAGGGCAUCCCAACACUGGAGGACAAUGAAAGACCAAAGACCCCAGUUCAACUACCUGAGCCGCUGCCACUCCUGAAUCCACCUGAAGAGGAUUAUGAUUGCAACAAGCAGAGCCGCCUGCAUAAGAUGGACAGUGACCUAAGUGACUCGACAGGGCUCUUUAUGAUGGAUGAAGAAGACAUCCCCGACUGUGAACCUUUCUGUGAAUCUGACCCAGAAAGCACAGAUGAUGGAAGUAUAACUGAAGAUGUUCCUGGGCUACCUCUGCAACAGCGCAAUCUCCAGCAGUAUGCCAAGUCUCUGCCCGUCACUGUGCCUAUAUGGGGAUUCAAAGAGAGAAGACCAGCUAACCAAGCUUCUGAUGAUGAAGGGGCAAAGUUUCCAUCGCCAGAUCUAGACCGGAUUGCUGCCAGUAUGAGAGCUCUGGCUCACGACGACACCCAGCCAUUUGGGGAUCUGCCUCGCCCGCGCCUGAAUACCGGUGACUUCCAGAUGAAAUACCGGAAAUACUAAGACUAUAGACUAAAUGAAGCUGAAGCCCACCUGCUCAAUGGGUGUGAUACACUACUAAAACUUUUUUCUACAAGAAUAAAAAUCGGCAAAAGAAGCUUGAAAUUUGGAAACUUGCCACCCAUUAGGAGGCAGACUGGUUCACUUUCUAAUGUGGUAGUAAACGUUUGUUUAAUCCUUUUAAUUUUUUUUUUUCGACCAGGCCUGACAAACAUGGGUACCCUAAUUGUCAGAUUUUUACCCCCUACUUUUUAAAUCUUACCUCCAAUAAAAGAGGAAUA